GUGUAAUAACGGGGGCUAAUUGUUCGAAUUUAUUACGUCUGGAGCCACCACCUCUUAACAAUAAUCGAUAUGUAGUUCGAGUUGAUCGUAAAUUUCGAAUUUCUUGCAUCUGCCAACAGAAUUCUAUAAAUUGCUUGCAUCUUACAUGGAGGAAUGAAUUCGGUCGUAAAAUAGACGGCGAAUCUUCUAACAGCUUGUUUACCGUAGAAUUACGAGAGCAUGACACAAUGUACAAAAAAUUAUCAUUGGUAUUCACCCGAAUUGCAAAACGUGAUACCGGUUUCUACAGAUGUGUUGCCAGGAAUUCAAGAAGAAUGUCGGCUGAUUGGAAAGUGGAACUUAUUGUUGUCGAUGAAAUUCGUUGGAAAGAAAACAAUGAUGUUGUUGGAGGAAUGCUCGGCGAAUCAUUAACCAUUGAUUGUGGAUCUAUUGGAAAUCCACAACCUGAAACACAUAUUACAAAUCAUAAUGGAUUUCCACUUAAUGAAACAUUAUUCGUUAUCGCUGGAACAGAAGUAACUGUAAAUAAGCUUACGAAUGAGUACCAAGAUACUAUCAUCAAAUGCUUAUCGGUCCAAGAAUUUGAAAAAUACGAUGCAACAGUUGUUGAACAGCACGAAAUUCGAUUGGAUGUUUGUAAACCAUAUGUGGAACGUUUUAUUGUUCUGGAUCACUUAGCUCAGAUCUGUUGUAAUGUAACACGUUCGAUUCCACCGGCUACGCAUUUCCGAUAUUUGAAAAAUAGGCAUGAAAUCUGGAACGAUAGCAAUCAUAUUAUAUCCAUUGAUGCUUUAAAUCAAAGCAGCUGUCUCAAGAUUUUAUCACCAACGGAAUAUGAUUUGGGUGAAUAUCGAUGUGAAGUGAGCAAUGGAAAGUCUAAAUCACAACAAACAAUCGCGGUGAAAGAAGCAAGUCCACCUGGUGAAGUUCAUGUUUCAUUACAAGAUGUUGGAAUGACUUAUGUCAUAUGGAAAAUUGAAGAAGGAUUUGGUGAACAGUUACCAAUACAACGUUAUAUUAUAGAAUAUAUUAAAAAAUCCAUUCUGGAACAAAGUCGUGAUCAAACCAGAGAAAAUAAUCGUGUUUGGUUUGCGCAUGCUGUCAAAAUGGAUGUACAUUUGAGUAAGGAUGGAUUAUAUGAAGUUGGUGGAUUACGUCAAGGAACAACAUAUAUAUUUAGAUUCACAGCGGAAAAUGAAGCUGGAAUUGGUGAUACUGUUACUUUAACCGUAAA